AUGGAGCUGACACAGCUCCGCACCGCCGGCCUCCGGCUGCUGAGCCCCGCAGACCAGCCGGAGGCGGAAGCUGCGGGCAUCGCAGCGUGGCAGGUGCUUCGCCUGCCCUCCGCAGAGCAGGGUCGGCGACUGGGCGCUGUGCUGGCGGCUUUGUACGAGGGCCAGGCGCCCGCGGUCGCCGCGCUGGCGCCCACGGCCGACGUGCCGCCGGAGCUCUUCGCGUGGAGCUCUGCGAUGCCUGGCAGGUGCAAGACGCCAGAAGCAUUCCGAGACUGCGUGCGGAUCUUGCACGAGCAGGGCGCCCUCAUCGAGCACGGGGAGCUCCUGGCGGCCUGCCAGCGCCGCUUCCCGGGACUGGAGGAGCCGAGCAUCCAAUCCAACUCGGCGCUGAAUGCCAUGGCCCACUGGGCGCUGCAUUGGAAUUGUGCACCGGCACUGGAGUACUUCCUUUCGCAGGGGUGCCGGCCUGGCAUGCCCUUCGCCGAUGCUUGCGCGGAAAGCAGCCUGGAUUCCCUGCGAGUGCUGCACCGGAUGGGGGGCAUGCCCAGCCUGGACAAAGAGGAGGGCAAGUUCCUGGUGGAGGAGGCCUUCUGCUUCGCCCACAUGAACCGCGCCAUGGAGUCCGUGCUCUUCCUCUCGGAGGCUGGCUAUGACGAGGACAUGUUUCCGGACGACGGCGAGCGCAAUCAACCAAUGUAA